AUGAAUUCUUCAGGAGAAAAUCAACUUGAGAUGGACGUUGAUGCACCUACCGGAAAUCCAUUCAGGUCAAUAUGCCAACAAUCGAACUUUAAGGAGCGUUUUCGUCCAUACUCAUCAAGACGAAAGGGAUGGAGUGGAAACAUCACUCUCAUCAACGUAUCAGCCGCUCGUUCUCUUCGUGAGGAGGACAUCGCUAAUAGAGGAGUACGAGCUAACCAACAGCCUGCGAAAGCUAAUAACCCACAGCCCGCGCAAGCUAACAACCCACCAGCUACACAAGUUAACAAUUCGCGGGUGACUCCUAUCGACUUGACGUUACGUGAGCGUUUCCAGGAAUUGGAAAGGGAAAACAAGCGACUCAAGGUUGCAUUGGAGAAAAGAAAGAAGCUUGAAGAAGAAGCUAUUCCACAUUCCGAAAGUAAUAGGUCAAACCGUCGUUCUCAUCGAGAACGAUACGACCCACGCAAAGGGGACGAAGUUCUUGACGGUCGUCGGCUCAGUAAAAGUGAUGCAAGAAGAAGCGAGGAUGUCAGGAACGUUUAUCAAAGUCGCGAUCACCAUGAUGACGAUUAUUAUGAUCAUUAUGUGCCCGAUGAUGAUCAUUAUUACACGGCCGAGCAAGAUAGGCGAACCAGAUCAAGUCGCAAGAAACAUAGACAAAGGGAUGAUCAUAUCAAUGAUGAUCACUUGAAGAGGUCUAGACGUGAUAAAGACCUUUCUAAAAGGAGAAAGGAGUCUGACAGGAAUGAGCGGAUUCGCAGAGAAACUGAGGGAGACUCGGUGAGAGGCAAAGAAUUCAGCAAAAGAAGGCCUAGUGAAAUGAUUAAUGAGCUGUUAGCCCAAAAGCAAUCCAAAGAUGAAGAGCAACAAAUUUUAUCAAUGAAAAAUCGAUGGACUCCCCAUUUGUUGAAAAGAUAA